AUGGCGCGAAACAGUGAGAAGGCCCAGUCCAUGCUCUUCCGCUUCCGCGAAGCCCAAGCAGCAGACCUAGGUAUCAUAGACGCAGGACGGACACGGCGGCCCAAGAUCAUCACCGAAGUCGAAUCCAUACAGUCCUGCGAGAAAUGGCGAGGCCAGACCCUCAAGGAGAUCAGCCGCAAGGUCUCCCGCAUCCAGGACCUUAUGCUCAGCGACUACCAGAUUCGCGACCUCAACGAUGAAAUCAACAAGCUCAUGAGGGAGAAGCAUAUGUGGGAGGUUCAAAUACGGAAUCUAGGCGGCCCAAAUUACAUGCGAGGCGGUGGCAAAGUCUACGAUGAAAGCGGCAAAGAAAUACCAGGCGGUGGGAAGGGCUACAGGUAUUUUGGAAGAGCUAGGGAACUGCCUGGAGUGAAAGAGCUGUUCGAAGCCGCCACAAAGGGGAGCAAAGAGGACAAACCGCUCGAGACGAGGGACGACCUGAGGAAAGCGGUCGAUGCAAAAUACUACGGAUAUGCACCUGAUGAGGAGGAUGACGCAAUGCUCGAGUACGAAUUGGAAAAAGAGAAAGCCGCAUUCGAAUCUCUGUCAAUGCAAGCAGCCAAGGGACAGCCACCGCCGGGCUGGGAGCCUUUACCUGGCGACAGUGGCGAUGGCAAGGGCUGGGACCUACCAACGCUUGAGGAAGUCCAAGAAGAGUUGAUGGACAGGAGACGGAAGAGAUUGCUGGACCAACUCCAGUGA